GUAGGGAUUUGAUUGUGUUUCAUAUCUCAAACAUCACGCUUUAAAUACUCACGGGGUUUUACUACGCGCCCAACCCUUUUAUAGAUCUCUAUUUAUAUAGUACGCUCUCUGCUUAAAGGUUCCCUCCAUAUCACUACUGCAAUGAAAAGUUUCUCUCACAGAUUAUGGCACGUCUUGUUGAUUAUCCAGAUUCUGACUCAGAUACUACUGCACCUUCACCUACCAACAGCGAAGCGAACCAAGCGGCCAAUACCACAGGACCAAAGGGACUAAAUCUUCAACGCCGGAUCCAGAGGAAUCGAUACGAGUCAUUUCGAAAACGGAAGAAGACUGUGCUCAAAAAUGCUAAAAAGCUAUAUACCCGGGACAACGCAGAAGUAUUACUCGUUAUACGCUAUGCUAGAAAGUGUGAGAUUUACGAGUCCCCCAAUUGGCGUCCUUCAACGCUUGAACAGCUGGUAUGUGGUCGGUUGUGGAUAUAUACCGUGAUCUAAUUCAUCUAGGAUCAAAUGUAUCCUCCUCCGAUUAAGUUCGGAAGCCACGUAGUAUAGGA